UUCCGGACAAGAUGGCGGCGCCCUGGUAACCGACAGCACGGAGCACGCUAAGUUUAGAAAUUAAGCUAUAUUCUUCAUGAGAAAUCAAUUUGAAACCAAUUUAAACACCAGCUGAACUAUCUAAAGUUCUUUUCGGUCGAUUGCCUACACUGUAUUGAUUUAUUUAUCUCGUUGCUCUGCGCAUUGAUGAUCUUAACUGCAGCUGUGACAUGUAAACGAGCAUUCAUGUGUGUUUAGGUCCGCUGGUUAACGUUUAAAUUCUGAUCAGAUUGAACCGGAGCCAAAUCAAGGGGAAAUAUAAGACCGUUAAUUCUUGUAUUAGCGUCAAAAGGCGGCAGCCUAGCAGACAUGCGGUGUGUGAAGGCACUGCAGCUCACCCUUGCGGUCGUCAAACCAGAUGCUGUGGCCCAUCCGCUCAUUCUGGAGGCUCUUCAUCAGAAGAUUCUUGAAAACUUCAUUAUAGUCAGGAAGAAGGAUCUGAUGUGGAGAACAGAAGAGUCAGAAAGGUUUUAUGCUGAACAUGCAGGACAUUUUUUUUAUCAAAGACUGGUUGAAUUCAUGUCAAGUGGCCCAAUGAGAGCGUACAUCCUUGCCAAGGAAGAUGCUAUCUCUCACUGGAGGGGGAUGAUGGGUCCAACAAAAGUGUUUAGAGCUCGCUUCACUUCACCACACACCCUGCGCGGCCAAUAUGGGCUGACUGACACCAGAAACACUACUCAUGGUUCAGAUUCAACUGAAUCUGCCAAGAGAGAGAUUUUAUUUUUCUUUCCAGAGUUCAAUGCAGAAGAGUGGAUGUUGAGGGAAGAGGAAUGUUUUAGAUUGGGACUUGCUGAAUAUAAUGAGAAGAAACAAAUUCAUACUCUCCAGGACGCAUGAUGCUCACUGGUCUGAUGGUACUUUUACAGUGCUAAAGUAAAUAAAUCUGACUUUCACCAGA